UCAUUGCUGCUUGUUGUGCAUCUUCUCUGGCAAUUUUUAUUUGAUCUAUUUAAUGAUUAACGGGCGUGCAUUGCUUAAUCCUGUUCAAUGGUACUGAAGAGACGGAACAGACAAGACCAGAUGGACACAGCAAGAUACCUUUUGUAGCACUAAACAGUUAAAAGGAAAAUGAAGCCCAUCUUCUCCUUGUGUUUAUUGCUGGCUGGUUUGUAUACUGCUGCCCAUUGUCAUCAGCAUCCUCAUUAUCCCAAUAAGCAGGAUGAUCCUAAAGGGAUGUAUUACCCACAACGCAGUUCUCAUGGGAAAGGAAUUUAUCCAGUUAAGAACAAUACUUUUGGCAAACUAGUUUCCAGCAAUGCUGACUUUGCAUUUUUAUUUUACAAGCUGAUUGCAUCUGAAGCAACUGAUCAAAAUAUUUUCUUUUCACCCAUAAGCAUCUCUGCUUCCUUUGCAAUGCUGGCACUUGGUGCCAAGUCAGCAACACUGACGCAGAUUCUGGAAGGGCUUGCCUUUAACCUGGAAAAGACUCAGGAGCAGGAAAUACAUGAAGGUUUUUGCCAGCUCCUCCACAUGUUGAAUCGCUCAGACACUGAACUCCAGCUGAGCCUAGGCAAUGCCCUUUUUAUAGAAGAGACACUAAAACCACUACAGAAGUUCCUUGAUGAUGUCAAAAGCUUUUAUGAAUCUGAAGUCUUUUCCACUGAUUUUAACAACUCCUCUGGUGCAGAGAAUCAGAUCAACAGUUAUGUUGAGGAAAAGACAAAUGGGAAAAUCACUAAACUAGUGGAAAAUCUUGAUCCUUUCACCACCAUGAUUCUUGUUAACUAUGUCUUCUUUAAAGCCCAGUGGGAGAAACCCUUCAGUACUUCAUACACAAAACAGGAGGAUUUUUUUGUGGAUCAGGAAACAUCUGUAAAAGUUGACAUGAUGUAUCGAAAGGGAUACUACAGAACUUACUUUGAUGAAGAACUGUCCUGUUGGCUAGUUCAGAUACCUUACAAUGGAAAUGCUGCAGCAUUAUUUGUUUUGCCCGACAAAGGGAAGAUGAAGCAAGUGGAAGAUGCUCUCUUGAAAAGGACUGUAUCUAAAUGGGGAAAGUUCCUCCGAGACAGAAAAAUACAUCUGCACAUUCCAAAACUUUCUAUUUCUGGUACAUAUGAUGUGAAAAGUAUAGUCAAACAAGUGGGGAUGAUUGAUCUGUUCACUGAACAAGCUGAUCUCUCAGGGAUUACUGGAGAGCCUGGACUAAUGGUUGCAAAAGUGAUCCACAAAGCCGUACUGAAUGUUCAUGAAAACGGCACUGAAGCAGCUGGGGCCACAGUUAAGGAGAUUACCUGGCGAUCUGGCGAUUUUCCUCACCCACGUCGAAUCAGAUUCAACAGGCCUUUUCUCCUGGCAAUUCUGGAUAAAUACACCCACAGCAUCCUUUUCAUGGGAAAAAUCGUAAACCCUCUGAAAAAUGACUGAUCUACCAGAGAACAUGCACUUACACAUUGCCGGCUAAAUCCCUGCAAUCCAGUGAAACACCUGUGCAUGCACGCCAUUAUGUACUAGUGCUCAUCUUUCACCCAUUAUUUUUAUAUACAUUAAUUAAUCCCUUAAAAAACAAACCCUAUUUUUCCUUGUAUAAAAGUCGCUGGUAUUUCCACCAGUCUAUAGCUGGGGAUAGCUUGCAGUGUCAGAGCAGUUUUUACCAGUUUUGUAAGAAGCUCUUUUGUAAGAAGCUGCUGACAUGCUCCAGUGGGUUAUUUGAGGUGGCUCAAAGCCUCUGGAUAAUGUAGCUACUGCUGUACACUCACGGUGUGUGUACUGGACAGCAGGAAAAGGGAAUCAAGGAAAAGAAGGUGUAAGGUAUAAAUCCUGUCUCUUUAAUACUCUAACCUUAAUGACUAGGUUUAAAUACAGAUUCCCUUAAUAUUGGAGUGAAUUUCCAUUAAUUUAUUUGGUUUUUAACCAAGUAUGGUGUGAAGCUGCAGGAUCAGUGACUGGGACACUGGAAGAUACACCAAUGUAAAGUGUUGAUGAGUGUAGCUGGUUUAGCUUGCCUCACUUUUUCCUCUUCAGAGGAAGCCAUCCUCAUGAAAACAAGAAGGUUGGUUUUGCUUUACGAAUAAUAUUUAUUCUACUAAGCAAGGAAGCCAUAGCAGCAAAAGGACUCUGUUUUAUCCUGUUAAUACAGCUAUUAUUGCCAAUGCCCUGAGAUAAAAGUAUGAUGGAGCAGUACA